AUGAGCUCGUUCGGCACGAUCUUCAGAGUCAGCACUGCAGGCGAGAGCCAUUGCAGUGGUGUCACCGCUAUCGUCGACGGCGUCCCGCCGGGCCUUCAAUUAACCGAAGAUGAUCUGCAGACUCAACUCUCCAGACGGCGUCCUGGACAAAGCGAUCUUACAACCCCUAGGAACGAGAGUGACUUAGUCAAGAUCCAAUCGGGAGUCGAACAUGGAGUCACGCUGGGCUCGCCGAUCUCCUUGUUUGUGCCCAACAGAGACCAACGUCCACACGAUUAUUCAGAGACCGAUUUUUACCCUCGUCCGAGUCAUGCUGAUUGGACGUAUCUGCUCACACGAGUAGCAGCAGGAGCGAUAGCAGAGAAGUUCCUAAGGACAGCCUACGGAGUGGAGAUUGUAGCCUUUGUAUCCGGGGUAGGCCCGAUCCACCUAUCCUCCAAGUCGUUCUCACCGGUGACUGUCAAUGGAAGCAAUGGCACUCACCACGACGAGGAUGAAGAUUUCUCGGGCCCGGGCUUCCUCCAAUUCCUCUCGGAUAUCACUCGGGAAGAGGUCGACAAGAGCGUCGUUCGAUGUCCUCAUGAGGCCACUGCCCAACGUAUGACUCAGCGAAUAAUGGAAGCUAAGGCAGCCGAUGACAGUAUCGGAGGAACGGUGACCUGUGUGAUCAAGAACUGUCCUACCGGCCUAGGCGAGCCAUGUUUCGACAAACUCGAAGCCAAACUAGCCCAUGCAAUCAUGUCCAUCCCCGCCACCAAAGGCUUCGAGAUCGGCAGUGGCUUCAAAGGAGUCGAAAUGGCCGGAAGCAAACAUAACGACAUGUUCACUAAGGGUGAUAAUGGCUUGUCCACUCUCACUAAUCGUAGUGGUGGCAUUCAAGGUGGGAUCAGUAAUGGCGAAAAUAUUUACUUCCGCUGUGCGUUCAAGUCCCCUGCAACCAUCGCCAAGGAACAACAGACGGCAACUUACAACGGAGAGAGUGGCGUCUUGGCCGCCCGAGGCCGACAUGAUCCAUGUGUAGUCCCGCGAGCCGUGCCUAUAGUUGAAUCGAUGGCGGCUCUGGUAAUAAUGGAUGCUGUGCUUCUCCAAAACGCACGCGCUUCUUUCGCCAGUCUCUUACCCAAACCCACCACGCUCCCACCAACGAUGAUGAUGCCCCCGAAGAACUAA